GAUCUUUCAAAUUUAAUCUUAAUUUGAAAUUGUAAUGAAAUUGUUUCUGCAUGUAGAAUUUGUUCUAAUUACUAUAAUUUAAAUUAGAGUUUAUAUAGACACAAUACUGUUAGAUCUUCUUCCUGUGAACAUGGUGCUUCCCUUUGAGAUAUAAAUUAUAUUCUUUUUUGGAGUUUUUUACUCCCCAUCAUCUCUGAGAUCUAUCGAGUGUCAUCUAAAAAGUCCUAAAUUUUCAAUCUCCUAAAGAAACUAUUUUCUUGUAUUGCAACUCCUAUAAUUUCAUUUCUUCGCAACAUGACAUAAUUCUUAUUGCUGGAACUAUUUUACUGAUGGUAGUUUUUUUACUCAAUGUGCAAGAAGGAGAAGCUUGUAAUUUCUCCUCCGAAAACCAGUUUACAUCAAGUUUUUUUAUACUGCAUGUUAAAAAAAAGGUUUCAUAUUUUGAGAGCAGGAACAUAAUUGGACAAAUGGAACAAUGUGAUUUAUUAUUUUUAUCUGUCAAUAUUUCAAUAUCAAUUUAUUUACAAGUCUCUGAAUAGCAUGUAUAAAUCAGAGUAUGCUAUAUCCCAAGGAAUUCAGAACAUGUGCUAUAAUGAGCGAAGAGUGUCCAAAUUGUGGACAGCUUACAAACGCAUCUGCCUCAAGACUUGUGAAGGAUAGUUGCGGUCACAGCAAAUGUCGCAUGUGCUUGUUAUAUGAGGAGCAUGGUUGUAAAAUUUGCCAAGCUAAACAUCAUGUUCAAGAAGAACUAUGUUCCGUGAACAGGGAUUCGAAUGAUACACACAAAUCGUCUAGCGAGGAGAUUGUAUUGCCACUAGAACUUGUUAUUAACAAGGAUUCCAAAUCCAAGAAGAGCCAGGACUCCACUUCUGUUGAAUGCACAUCAUCAAAUCUUCAUUAUGAUAAUGUCACUCUCGAAAAAGAAGGAGUCUACAAGUUUGCUCCAAAUGAUACAAUUGCCAAUAACGAUUCCAACAAGCUAUACAUUUAUGGAAAUGAUCACAAUUCUGCAAAUCUGCAAACUCCUCGAUGCAAACAGGCGGAAGAAAAGCUCGAUGAAGAGAAGAAUGUGGAGAAGAAUAAAAAUGUCAAGCGCGAUCGCAGUCAUAUAACAAUAGUGCCGGGCAACCCGGAAAAAUAUAAGUGUAAUGUAUGCAGUAAGGUCUUUCAUAAUAAGAAGAGCAAGUGCUAUCAUGACGCAUGUGUGACAGGCGUCAAGCCAUACCAAUGUAUCUUUUGUGAUAAGAGCUUUGUAAAGCGUUCUCACUUUGAAUAUCAUGAAAGGGUUCAUAAAGGAUACAAACCACACAAGUGUAAUCAAUGUGGAAAAGCUUUCCCUCAGCGGAACAAACUCAACAGGCACAUGCUUUCCCACAAGGAGAAGCAGUUUAAAUGUUCUGAAUGCAACAAACGAUAUAGCAAACGAGAUGAUUUAAGGAACCAUUUAAAUGUGCACAACGCGACAUCGACGUAUAACUGCAAGUCCUGUGAUAAAUCCUUCCGCGUAUUAACUAAUUUGAAACGUCACAUGCGAACGCAUAUAAGUGAACGACCGUAUACGUGCGAUGAGUGUAACAAGAGUUUCAAGGACCGAUUUCUGCUGAAACGACACAAACGGACUCACGAGAAGGACAGGCCGUUCUCUUGCGCCCAUUGUAACAAAGUUUUUCUAUCCAAGAGCGAAUUGAGACGACACUUAACCGUGCAUUCAGACGAGAAGCCGUUUUCUUGCGAGUACUGCCAGACGCCAUUCAGACGGAAGGACAACCUGAAUCGACACAUCAGGCACCAUCAUACCGAAGAUUUUAGCUCUGAGAUUCGCGAAACGCCACGCGUCGAAGCGGACUCAGCGCGAAGUAGCUCGACGAAGAGCAGUCAGCAACGACCGAGACCGAAACAGUCUAGGAAAGCGCAGCCGAAGAGUCCCGGAAAGGUCACCGCGUCCCUUCCGAGUUCCCACGUUGAUCAGAUCAACUCCCGGCUGGAUUCCAUGGGCAACAUCACGCCUGUAAUAAGGACCACGAGUGAGAUGAGCAACGCGGUGCCGGUGAUCAACGGACCCAUCAACAUCAGACGAUUCGAGGACAGGACUGAUAAGAAGACAUUCACGUAUACGGAGCCAAUUCCGAUUGCCGAGGCGGCGGUAAUUAACUGUCGUAUCGAGGAGAAGUUGUAUCCGCAGAGCGCCAGCAGUCACAAUUAUUUUGUACGGAGUUGCCUCAAGGAUAGGUACUCCAGGGUGAACUCUUAUCCAAACAAUAAGCUCACGUUGCAAGAGAACCAUAGUUCUUCCGCAGCUUCCACAUCUUCGCGAAUUGAGCCUACUCUUUAUCCCAGAGGGAUAGAAGAGCGAAAAGAUUUCGCGGCGAACUUCCAGAAAGAGAAGAUUGUCAGCUAUGACGAGAAGGAGAAAGGUAAUCGCGUCGAGGACAAGACUGUGAGAAGAAGAGAUGAAAAGAGUCGCGAAGGUGGUGAUGUAGUUUCUCUUCGAGAAUCUAAUUGUGUCUCCACGAUCAAGAAACAUACCACCCAGCAAGUGGCAGAGGGACACUUGAAUGAGAAUUCCACGGCGAACGGUGAUGAUUCGGAGGUGACGAUAUUACCGAAGAAUUCUCAGGACAGUUGCAGGAAGAAGCAGAGCGACAUACACUGGAGACGUAGAAUCGCGGAGACCCUGAAGCUUGUUGAUCGGCGUUUAGCGAGGAAAUUGAGUAAAAUAUGCGAAAUACUUAUCGCAAUAGUGAUAACAAGCGUGUUACUUUUUAGCAAGAUUGUUUUAUCAAAAUUUAAUAAAAAAUAACGUUCAAGUUUUAAUAUAUGUAUACAAGAAGAGUAUGUAAAUGUAAGGUAUAUAAGAAAUCUAUACAAGAAAAAUAUGUUUAUAGCUAACUUAAUU